UACCAGUCUACCAGUCUACCAGUCUACCAGUCUACCAGUCUACCAGUCCACCAAUCUAGCAUCGUAGGGAUCAAGGAACAAACAAUUACUUAAGAAUUCACAUACACCCAAGACUUUCCAAUGAUUGUCGUGGUGUGAUGUUUAUCUACCUAGGUAUUUAGGUACCUUAUCGAUAUUUAACCGAUACCUUACCUGAGGCUCUUAAUAUAAGUUUGGGUGGUAAUUGUUUCCCUAAAUUUCCCUAAAAAUCACUCGUGAAAGUUACCUUACCUUACAUGACCUACCCCACUAUCAUCAUCAUCUUCCGCAAAUAACUCAUAGUUUCUUAAAUUAAAGAAUUUCGCCUCACCGGCUUACACCGACUUACCACAUUCAUAUCCCAUAUCCCAUAUCCCAUAUUCCACAUCCCGCAUUUAUACCUACCCUCACAAGCACUACGUAUUCAGAGUCGCAUACCAAUAGUACACCAUCAUGCCGGGAAAGCAACCCAAUUUGUUCGCUUUUAGCGACGUUGAAGCUCUUGCGCCCGCCCUGCGAUCCUACAUCAUCACAUGUCAAAAUGCUGGCAUCACACGUCAUGGCGUCUUCAAAGUCGCCAUUUCGGGCGGCUCGCUACCCCAGACCCUCGCCAAGGCCCUCCUUGCGCAACCGAAAUCUAACGAAGACAAGGUCAAAUUCGACAAGUGGGAAAUAUUCUUCGCCGACGAGAGAGCUGUACCUCUAGAUCAUGAAGACAGCAAUUAUGGUUUGGUUAAGAAGGAGCUGCUGGACAAGAUCCCAACCGAGCUGGGCCAGCCUACCAUACACCCGAUCGACACACAAUACCUAGAUGACACGCAGGAGCUGGCUGAUCAGUAUGAAAAAAUACUCGUCAACUCCUUUGCUAAGGGCGACUCGGUCAAGCUACCCAUCUUCGACCUACUACUCCUUGGCUGCGGCCCAGAUGGUCACACUUGCAGUCUAUUUCCAGGCCACCCCCUUCUUCGCGAGACAGACGCAUGGGUAGCACCCAUCGACGACUCACCUAAGCCGCCGCCUCGACGGAUCACAUUAACACUACCCGUCGUCACACACGCCGUCAAGGUCGCCUUUGUCGCCACGGGCGCUGAAAAGAAGAAGAUCAUGAAGGAAAUAUUCGAGCAAGGAAACGGGCUUCCGUGCGCACUCGUCAACGAAGCAACCGGCGAGCGAUGUAGUUGGUUUACGGACAGCGCCGCCGUAGAAGGUGUCAGCUUCCCGCGACGUGGAUUCCUAUAGAGUUCCGUGGGGUGGGCGUAAGGGAGAUAUACAACCGGUCAUGGCUAAACGAGCUGGGGCUAGAUUACGGCAGGCGAAAGAAAAGCUAGGAGGCGUCUCUUGAGGUCCGCAAGCGAGUAAUUAGUGCUGUCUUCUUCGAUUCACGACUUAAUCUAUGUAGACUGGCAAUGAAUGGAUGGUUCUUACGAGCAUAAGACGUACGGGUUUUAUUGCAUUAUCAUACGACGAGGUGUGAUGGGACAUACAUCUCUCGGGAAGGGAUCUGAUACCAAGCACGAAUUAGUUAGAGAAGUGACAUACCUACCCCCUCAUCUAUCUUGGACCUUUUUCUUGGUCGAGGGGGUUUGGAAUACUGAUUACACUUUACCACGAUUACUUGCUAUGACUUUGCUUUAUACGAACUUGCGUUGGUAUGCUUCAUGCUGGUGCCGCCUGGUUGUUGCGCGUAAUUUUUGGUUUGCUUUCUAUUUCAUACAAUUGCUAAGAUACUCAGAAAUAUGAGCAGGUGAAGAAUAUGUGCGUUUCCUCGCGUAUUGAUGAGAUUAAUGUACCACUUAAAUCUUGAUGCUUAAAUUUUUACUAUUCGUUACCGAUGUGAAUAGGGGAUCUACAGCUACC